AGAGCAUCCGUCCAUCCAUCGACGAGGAGGAGGACACGCAGUCUCGGCUUCGGCGAGCGGAGAUUUCCCCCCACGGUCUUCCGCUGUUGUGGCGGGGGCAGAUUCCGGGUCGAUUUAGUGGCUGGAGCCUCUGUUCUUCGCUUCCCCGAUCGAAUCCGGUGGAAGGGAGCACUAAAAAUCACUUUUUUUUUUUGUUGUUGCUGCUGCUGCUGCUGCUGUUCUCUUUUGGGGGUUUCUUCCUGCUCGAGUCUGUUGCUUGAUUCGCGUGAGGAGAGGGGCGCGCGCUCGGAGAAGCGACGAUGAGCGCCGGGAGCGCGCGUUUCCUCGAGAUCCAGCCUUCGGAGCUCGCAUUCCCCUUCCAACUACUGAAACAGAGCUCAUGCUCCAUGCAACUCACCAAUAAGACUGACCAUUAUGUUGCAUUUAAGGUCAAAACAACCAACCCAAAGCAAUACUGUGUGCGCCCUAAUAUUGGUGUGGUAUUGCCGGGGUCUACAUGCGAUGUUACAGUGAUGAUGCAAGCACAGAUGAAGGCACCUCCAGAUAUGCAGUGCAAGGAUAAGUUCCUUGUUCAAAGUGUUGCAGCUGACAAUGGUGCAACAACUCAAGAUAUUAAUGCAGAAAUGUUCAAUAAGGUGGCAGGAAAGGUUGUUGAGGAAUUCAAGCUACGUGUAGUCUAUGUGCCAACUACAUCCUCUGCAGUGCCUGAAGACUCUGAACAAGGUAGUUCUGCUCGGUCAUUUGCGCAAGGAAAUGGCACUUAUAAUUCCACAGUGCAACAACCUGCAUCAUCCGAGAUCUCCAAACUAAACGAUGAGAAGAGGGAUGCUAUUCAGCAAAACCAGAAGUUACGACAUGAGCUGGAGCUCCUACGGAAAGAAAGCGGCAAAAGCAAUGGUGGUUUCUCCCUCACCUUCUUGGCCAUCGUGGGUCUUCUCGGCAUCAUCGUGGGCUACAUCCUCAAGAAGACAUAGAAGAAGAGGAGGUAGUAGUUCCCAACAAAGUUAUACUCCCAGGAAAAGGAUACCCUCAUAUUGGUAUGCCUCCCCUCAUGUUUUUUUUCCUCCUAAAAAGGAGCACCUGUUCUAACUUGUAACAACAAUACUCCUCCCUAGAUGCCAUGGUUUGUGUACAUUAUGGUGGUUCACGGGUUCGUCGCGAUUUCUACAUUGACUAGGCUUGAUUUUUUUUGAAAGUUUUUAACUGCCGCAACAGUUUGACAUCCUCCAUAAAUCUUUAUUCUUUCUUCCUGAUCAAA